CCGACUAUCAUUCAAAACGACUUCUAUUCAAGGAUAAUUUGUGCACUUGAUCGUGCACAUUCUCAAGUUGGAUUUCCUUUCCAUGCCAUGCUAAUUGCCUCCAAUCCCAAGAGUUUCUUGCGAAUCCACGACUAUGUGGGUAAAGGGGCGGUCUGCGUAUAUGGUGUUCAUCAACACCUGUGUAUGAUUCGAGACAAAAAGCACGCUGUCAGAUGUCUGCGCCAGAUCUUAUACCGAAAACAAAUAUAGCCAUAUCGCAAAAUGAAUCGAGAAUCAAAUCAAUCGUCUACCCGAGACGGAACUACGAAACGAACUAUACAAUUCGACGACAACCCACCCCCAAAACAUCGCCAACUCCAUCAUCCAACCCUCACCUACUCAAACGACACUGUUCUCUGCACCGCGUGCAAGAAUGCUUUCAGCAAAGAGGCAGUUAAGGCCGACGAUUUCCGUCGAAGACGUCGCAAUCAGCACCACGAGUCUUCCGAGGAUCUCGCCAACGCAGUCGAAAAAGGAUGCUAUUUCUGUGAACGCUUUGCGCGUCACUCUGCGGACCCGGGCAUUUCGACUGUUCUGAACGAGGAUAUUAUUCUUCAUCCGAGACCCGAUCCCGUGAGACUGUUCUUCGCUAGUUCUGAACAGCAUACGGGACGCGCGUGGAGAGAGGAUGAUCUGGAUGACUUGGUUUGUUUUAAUCUCCUCAAGCGUAGCCCCGAUGACGAGCCACCUGCGCGGUUGAGCCCACGUAUGGACUCUCAAGAAACCUUUGGAACAAUGAUGAAGUGGCUCAACGACUGCGUCCGAAACCACCCCGAAUGCAGAGUCUUCCUCAGCCAUUCGACCUGGCUACCUUCCAGGCUCAUUGAUGUUGGAGACCCAGGCAGUCACUUGUGGAGGAUCAUCGCCACCGAGCAUCAUCAAACGCCUGCCAAUUAUGGAGGCUAUCUCACGCUAAGUCACCGCUGGGGCUCUUCGCCAUUCGUACAGCUUACAUCGGACACGCUUCCCAGAUUCCAAAACUACACAGCUAUAGAGAGUCUCCCCAAGACUUUCCGCGAUGCGAUUGCGCUAGCUCAUCACUUCAAUAUUCGCCACAUCUGGAUCGACUCGCUAUGCAUCCUUCAAGAUAGCCCAUUAGACUGGAAGAAGGAGUCUUCCAGAAUGGACGACGUGUACUCCAAUUCUACCUGCAACAUCGUUGCAGCACACUCCGAGGGACCCAACGGUGGGCUCUUUAGAGCGAGAGACCCAUCCGUCUUGGAAUCAUUUGUUGUUUGCUCAGAGAGGACGGAUAUCCCGUCUGGCGAAUACACCGUCUGGGAUCACACCUCCAUCCUAAACGACUAUAACAGAGCUCCGCUGUACAGGCGCGGUUGGGUCUUCCAAGAGCGCUUACUGCCCAAAAGGACUCUUCAUUUCGGUAAAGACCAAGUUUUUUGGAAAUGUAGAAGGCGCCUUACCUGUGAGAGCUUGCCCGACGGCAUACCGGUGGCACCAGACAUUGACGUGGUCGAGCGUGAGAAAGGCGUCAUCCGAAUUCGCAGAAUGCGCCCCCAAGAGGAAGAGGAUUCACCAGAGGAUGACAAAACUUUUGCAACUGUCUGGGAGCACCUGGUUGAGGAGUACUCUGGCUGUAGCCUGACCUAUGAGAAGGACAAGCUCGCGGCCUUGGAUGGAAUGGCAGGCAUCUUUUCUAAUGCCUCUCUGAGUCGAUAUAUUUUCGGUAUAUGGGACACACACAUCGCCCGACAAAUCUGCUGGAGCUUGAACCCUGCGGCGGAAAAGAAGCCCAGACCUGCUCAUCCCGCGCCAUCUUGGUCGUGGGCUUCCGUGCAAGGCAAGGUCUCGUUCAAGGCCAUCGUGAACAGCGAUGAGAGCAUCUUACAUCUCGCGCGUCAUUUUUACCAUAGUGCCCACAGCGAUACUCCCGCAGGACGUCGCAUACCACUCGGAGGCUAUAUCGGCAUGAGCGGCAGCGUUUAUACUCUCAAAGUGUCGGACAUUUCCAACGACGGGGUUUCGCUAGAUCUUGAUGGCAAGUCAGAGCGACUGGAUUACAAUCCUUUCGUCUUUGACUUUUAUCGGGAUGAUUUACUCCCCAUGGAGCUGGUCAUCUUACCACUGAUAUGUACCAGGGAACCUCCCGUCAACGCAAGGGGCGUCGAGAUUGCCGGUCUGAUACUGCACCCUUUGGGCCGCAUCAUCGACGACUGCGAAGGCAUGGUAUUUCGAAGGUCUUACAGGUACGAACGUGUGGGGUUCUUCAAUUUCAGGCCAUGUGAUGGGAAAGGACAACAGUUACUCUACGGGUCGCAUUUCACCGAGGCAGAGAAAAUCAAACGCCCGUACAACAGCAAUCACCGUAUACUUUUAGAGUAGCCCC